AUAUCAACUAAGCACAAAGAAUGGGUCUCUUUACGAAGAGGUAAAACCUAAAAGUACAAAAGAAUAGAAAGAGGAAAAAAGGUAAAGUUGCGAUUACAAAAAGCCCUAACUAGCUAGCUAGCUUCUCUGUUUUCCAUUCAUUCUCUCGAAAGUUAGAGAAAGAGUUUGUUUUUUUUUAUCAGAAAGAUGGUGUUCGAAACUCCGAUCUGUUCUCCACCUUCACCUAUAGACAAAGAAUCCUCCGAAGAUGUCUCUACGGUAACUCUCACACCGUGGUUUCGUGGGUUGAUUGAUUGAUUGUCUCUCAAGUCUACUUGUGAUCUGAUUUUUUUGCAGGGAUAUUGUGGUGUAAAAGCCUUUGGUGUUAAUGAAGCUAACGAACUCAUUGCAAAGUUGGCACUCCAUUGCUACAAUUCUCAAGGUAACUCUAUCUAUAUUGCUCUUAUUCUAGCACAUUUGGUGACUGUAACCCAACUCAUGGUGCGAUCGGUUGCACAUUUCGAUUAUCAGAUGACAUUGAAUGCCAUUGAUCCAGCCAACAAUUCAUUUUCCAGUGUUGAAAUCUGUGCUUGGGAUGCUUCCAUAGAGAAUGAUGAGAACUUGAGAUUAGUCACCACUUUUUGCAGCCUUGAAGGAUCUGGAGAACAAGGAACCCAAUGGGAUUUCGAUGGUGUAGACAUGUUCUAUAAUGGUGUGAUGCCUAAGUGGCUAGAUGAUAGUGCAAUUACAGGAAGCGAGAAGCUACACUACUAUGAGAUUAAUGAUUCGGAUUUGCAAGAGAAUGAAUGGCUUCAUCUAUAUGCUCAAGUUGGAGCAUACUCUAAGUGGGAUCUUGACAUGGUUAAUCAUCUCCUGUUGGAGAUAAAGAAAGCAGUGGUACAAACAAAGGAAGACGACAUAGAGUCAAGUUUGAAGUUGAAGUCGAGCAAUGCUAUCUUCUACAUAACUUUCACUACUCGUGGAGGCGACGAGUGCGCAUGCAUAGUAAGGCAAACGUGGGAUGGAAGACCACAACACAUGUGCCUUGAAGUUAAAAAUGUUGAGAUAUAUGGACAAAUAGACAAAUGUUGAUACACAACAUCUCAAACUAAUCGGUUCGGUUUUAAACUUGCCAAACUAUUUUUAUCAAGGCCAGGCCCAAAAACAAAGCCUACCAAUUGGAGUAACUUUUGUGGCACGUGAUUUUUAGUUUGU